GAGAUUGAGUUGAGUACAUUCGUAACGUUCAAACUUGGAAUCUCUUUCUUUCCCCCAAAAAUAUGAUGCUCUGCUGAAAAGCUACUUCACUUUUCUCUCCUUUCUCUCUCUCAAUUCUCUCUUCUUUCUUCCCCUGCUGUAACUGCGUUCUCUCUCUCUCUCUCUCUCUCUCUCUCUCCCCCAAACCAACAAAAAAAAAAAAGGCUGAGAGCUUGAGAGUGAGAGAGAUGGUCCUUGGAGCUAACGGCCUGGUUUGGAUGGAUGGAGAAGACGAAGAACAUGCAGUUUCUUCUUGGACCCGAAACAACAUCAAUACUAGCGGCAAUAAUGAAAUUGAGACUAAUGAAGAGGAUUUGAAUAUGUCCGGUGCUUCGCUUCCCACCUUCAAAUCCAUGCUUGACACUGAUUGGUACAUAAACCCAGCUAUGAACCAGGAUCUUCAAAUCAGAGAGCUUGGUUUCUGCUCCAACCAGGUUGAUAACAGUCUCCUCCUUCACAACCCAAUUGAUUCCUCUGCUUCUUGUUCUCCCUCGCAGGCCUUCUUACUUGACCCUUCACAGUCACACCCUUUCUUGCCUCCUAAAUCUUGCUUCUCUUCUCUCCUCAAUGUUUCCUGCCACAACCCUUUUGACAAUGCCUUUGAUUUCGGUUCCGAAACGGCUUUUAUCGCUCAGUUUCAGCCGAAUCAAACCCCCAAUCUGAUGAGUUUUCCUCAGACCCAAAUGGGCACUCCUGACUUCAGUUCGAGCUCAGAGUUUCAAGGUACAAGGUUGUUCACAGGAACUGAAAAUGCUUCUGCUUUGAGUGGUGGUACUAGUGCUGGUGAUUUUGCUGGAUCGGCGAAUGCCAUGUUUAUGAACAGAGGAAAGAUUUUGAAGCCACUUGAAGUUUUCCCUUCAGUUGGUUCUGAACCAACUUUGUUUCAGAAGCGAGCAGCGAUGCGGCAGGGCUCUGGUGGGGCUGAUAAAUUGGGGAAUUUGGAUGUUUCAGAGCUGAGAUUUGGAGCGGAAGUGUCAGUAGCAAAUCGGAAGAGGCAUGAGGAAGGAGAUAUUGAAGAAGCCAAUAUCGAUGUGUCGGGUUUGAAUUAUGAUUCGGAUGAGAGGAAUGAUGAUUGCAAAGUGGAAGAGAGUGUAAAAAAUGAUGUUUUCAAUUAUGCAACUAGUACAGUUACUGGUGGUGGGGAUCACAAGGGGAAGAAGAAGGGGAUGCCGGCAAAAAAUCUGAUGGCGGAGAGACGGAGAAGGAAGAAGCUCAAUGAUAGGCUUUACAUGCUUAGGUCUGUAGUGCCCAAGAUUAGCAAGAUGGAUAGGGCUUCAAUACUUGGGGAUGCCGUUGAUUACUUAAAGGAGCUUCUGAAAAGGAUCAAUGAUCUCCAUACUGAACUUGAAUCCACUCCACCUGGCUCUUUGAUGCCACCAUCUACAAGUUUCCACCCAUUGACACCAACUCCACCUACCCUUCCAUGUCGUGUCAAGGAAGAACUGUGCCCCAGCUCAUUGCCAAGCCCUAAAAGCCAACAGGCAAAGGUGGAGUUAGGUAAGGAAGGAAGGGCUGUCAACAUUCACAUGUUUUGUGCUCGCAGGCCAGGUCUCUUGCUCUCCACUAUGAGAGCCCUAGACAACCUUGGAUUGGAUAUACAGCAGCUGUAA